UCCGCGGUGGACGGUCUGUGUGCCGAGCUGUUGUCCGGCGGGCGGCGUAGCUUAGACCCGUCUCCCGCGGUUACCCGCGCCGUCACCAACGUUGUGUGCACGCUGGUGUUCAGCGCCACCUACGGCCCCGGGGACGCCGAGCUACAGGAAGUGAUGCAAUACAACAACGGCAUCGUGCAGACGAUCGCCAGGGGAGGACUGGUGGACAUUUACCCCUGGAUGAAGGUGUUUCCUAACAAGAGUCUCCGUAAACUAAAAGACUGUAUCACCAUCAGAGAUCGACUGCUGUCUCGGAAACUGGACGAGCACAAGGCGUCUCUGAGUGACGGGGACCCCCGGGAUCUGCUGGACGCUUUGCUGAAGGGAAAGACGGACAGCGCACCGAGUCAGACGGCCUCCGGGUCUAAAGAGACGAUCACAGACGACCACGUCCUCAUGACGGCCGCCGAGGCGUUCGGAGCCGGCGUGGAGACAACGUCCACCACGCUGCUGUGGAUCCUCGCCUACCUGGUGCAUCACCCCGAGGUCCAGCACCGCGUGCAGAAGGAGUUAGAUGAGCACGUGGGCGGAGAGCGAGCUGUUUGCGCGUCGGACCGCAGCCGGCUGCCUUACCUGGACUGUGUCAUCAACGAGGGGAUGAGGAUCCGCCCGGUCAGCCCCGUGCUGAUCCCGCACAUCGCCAGGACCGACACCAGCAUCGGCGGUCACGCAGUCUGCCGUGGGACUCGGGUUUUGGUUAACAUGUGGUCGAUUCACCACGACCCCCAACACUGGGACAAACCCGACCUCUUCAACCCAGAUCGUUUCCUAGACGACCGUGGCCAGCGGGUCACGCCCCCCUGCUUCCUGCCGUUCGGGGCGGGGCCUCGGGUCUGCGUCGGCGAAUCAUUGGCGCGGCUGGAGCUCUUCCUCUUCCUGUCCUCGCUGCUGCAGCGAAUGAGCUUCACGCAGCCACACGGGACUCCCCCCCCCAACCUGCAGGGGCGGCUGGGCGUCGUCCUGCAGCCGUUACCGUAUCAGGUGGUCGUCACUCCGAGGGCGGGCUGGGAGGCCGGGGAGGCUACUUCAGACGGGGGUGCGACACCGGGUUCCCAACGUAAGACCUGCCCCGUGUCAGGGGGAUCGCCCCGAGCCCCGACAUCAGCCCCAUGCCAGGGAGAUGACCCCGAGCCCCGACAUCAGCCCCAUGUCAGGGAGAUGACAUCAGCCCCAUGUCAGGGAGAUGACCCCGAGCCCCGACAUCAGCCCCAUGUCAGGGAGAUGACCCCGAGCCCCGACAUCAGCCCCAUGUCAGGGAGAUGA